GCAUGAUUGAAUUCGUCAGAAACCGUUUCAUCUUGCAACCAUGGUUUCACAUGAUGAAAUCAAAGCUAUCUUCGAGGCCGCUGAUGUCGACAAGUCAGGCAAACUGUCCACUCAUGAGGUGAAGAAGGUUUUAGAGAAUGAUGUUGGCUGCGAGUUGCCAGACGAUGCGGUGAAGCAAUUCCUGAGCCAACAUGACGCCGACGGUGAUCAGCAGUGGACGAUUGACGAGUUGGCCCAGUUAUUCACUCCCACAAAUUAUUGAAUCAGUCGGUGGCUGGUUGUUGGCCGUCCUUCUAAGCAGUGUCUUUAGUGAAUUUUCAUAAUAAUUGUAAAUUAGUAAUAUCUCGAAGAAGUGAAAUAAAUUUUAUUCCCCUGU